AGGGAAUGAGUCACGAGAGGAGAGACUGUUUAUUCAUUUUUGCACACACCCUAACUAUAUGACAGCGGCGAAAGAUAAGCCAGACUCUUUCUAGACAUUAUCUUCAUCUGUCUAUCUGACAGAAGAUAAAGAUAGGUGGAGGAGAGAGAUUAUUUUCAGUGCCCGGUCGUUACUGGGCUGCUCAUCACGCAUCUAUAUCUGAUGGCAGAGAAAGGUGGAUAUGUUCAGAAUUCAUCCAAAAUGUGUGAAAUUGUUUGCAUUCAAUUAUCUUCGUGAUUUGUCCUGAAUUCUUUGGCUUGUAACUUCUGAUAAUACAUGCAACACUUGUUUUUCUUCUACAACAUGGCUGUUAAGUAGAGCUGCAAGUCAAAAUUGGCUGACCACUGUUUUGAUAAUGUUUUGUUCAAGCAAAAUGUACAGGUUGCAGCUUAUUAAAUGUAGGAUUUCUGCUUUCAUUGUAAUCUAUGGUAGUAAAUGAAGAGUCUUUGGGUUUUUGGACUGGUGGUUUGACAAAAGAAGAAAUCUGAAGAUAAUGAUUUCGACUGUAUUAUGUUGAGCAUUAACUCUGUUAAUGCAUCUGACUGUGUUAGAAGAUAGAAAGGUGGCAGGGUCCGCCAAAUGUAAACAAAGUCAAACAGUAUGAAAGUAUGUUGUCCUUUAAAGGUACCAUGUGUAUGAACUGGCAUCCUGUUGAAUUCAUAUUCAUAAACAAAUGGGGGGCAGCAUAUCAACAGAGCAACUAAUUGUUAAUGACCGCUGGCUAGUUAGCACAGUUAGCCCUGCAGCUAGCAGUUCAGGCUGAGAGUUAGUGGUAACAUAGAAGUGUCAGGUUAGCUUUGGACCAGCACGGGCCAGGGCUAGCUGGUUAGCACGCUAACUUAGAAAUGUCUGCAACACAAAACAUAGUUAUCAUAAUGUCAACUAUUGUAUCUGUGAACAAGUGAAUUUUGGAACGUUUUCAACUGUAAUUCAUACAUAUUGCACCAUUAAGAUCAGUUUGUUUAUUCAGUUAAUUCAAUUCAUAAAAACAAAGAGUUUGUUAAUUUAGUCUAUUUAGGCAUAAAAACAUAAAUGAAUCAGUGAGUGAAGAUAUUUGUCUCUUGAUUAAAACUUCUCCCCCAAAACUACUCAGUGCACCUUUAAGGCAAUAAUUAGUUCACCAAAUAACCCGGGCAGCUCUGCGCCUAACCUCAUUUCAGUGGACUGGCCCACAUAAUGGAAUUAGUACAAAUAUUUGAAGAAUGUGAUUCUGUCAAUCAGUUGUAGCAAUUACAGUUCCAGUCAAACAAUCCGAGCGUACCUAAUAUGUGUUAUAGGCCGGUAGUCUCUAAAUCUGCAUGCUUAGGCUCAUACAUCAAAGCUCGAUCAUCGAGCGCGGGGAGCGAGCGAAAAAGAAAAUUCACAGGACCUGCUCAGGACUGCGUCGUGGGCGACUGGAGCUUUUGGAGCGGCUGUGCCAAACCCUGCCAGCCCUCGACGCGAGUGCGCGUCCGCCACAUUGAGCAGCAGCCCAGUCACAGUGGAGAGCCGUGUCCCAGCGUGGAGCAACGGAGCGGCUGCAGGGAGUACAGAGACCACCAGGGCGCCCACUGUGGACAAGAAUCAGGUCCUGCUUUCAUCACCAGCAAGGAGUUUGCCAAGGGAAGGCCCAAGCACGACAACUACGGAAACCCCCUAGACCCUGGGUUCUGUGUGGAAUUCACACUGGCGUCCCGGACACCCCACUGUACAGUGGAGAACCGGCCACACACACACUGGAUGCGCUACAUUACAGAAGGCUUCAAAGUGUGUGUGGCGUGUGAACCUCCCGCCAUGCGAAACAAUAGCAGCAGCUGCCAAGGAGACGGUCAGGAAUCAGACAAAGAAGCUGUGCUCCACUGGCAGGCGGUGGGGAACCAUCAGUGCAGCGGGACGUGGAAGAAGAUCCAGAAAACCCAGCAGUGCAACUGUCCACCACAACACAGCUUCGUCUUCAUCUGAUCCAAACCAAGCAGCGCAGAGCCCUGACCUGGUGGCCACAAUAACAUUUUCAUCUGUGCAACCACAAUACUGUGCUCAGAUCUGACGCCUCAACACUGAGAGACUUGAGACUUGGUGGUGCAGUUAUGCCUAUAUUAAAUAUGCUACAUGUUGAUGUUAAAGCAUUGCCUAUGCAAUAUGCAUGUUUCCACUGUUCUGCGUAGACACUGUUGUAACUUGUACAGUUCUUCACCCUUUUCUGGUACACAUUAGGCAUCUACUAGCGUCUCUUUGAACAAGCAACAGCUGAAUCCAUUUAUUUAAACAAUUUUCUUGCAAAAAUAUUUAACUUAAAAUUUAAAACUUACAAAAAUAUAUUUACACUUGCACUGUGGCAUUAUUUUAAAGGAAAAAAGAAAAUGGACCAAGAUGAAACGAAAUGUUCUCCAUCACUGAGGGAGAAAGACCAAUUACUUGUUCUGUGUUGAGCGCCCUCUGGUGGUGUGACAUUUUCCCUGACGCAAACAGAGGAGCAGCAGACCACAACACACUCAAAACAUAUAGGAAGACCUUUAACAGUUCAGCCAGUGGGAGGAAAUCCAAACAUUAAAACAAUACCAUGUUUUUUUUAAAUACAGA